AUGCCUCCUACCGCGACAACAUUAGAAUAUGCCUCCGAAGCACCAAAACCACUGGUUUACUCGCGCCUUGCGAAGCAUCAUUUGCUAGACAACCAAAAACCUGAUUAUCUACGACUCAUCCUCACCGCAAAAGUGUAUGAAAUAUUGAAAGAAACACCUCUCGUUUUGGCAACGAAUCUCAGCGCGAAACUUGGCAAUGAGAUCUGGUUAAAACGGGAAGACUUACAGGAAGUCUUCAGCUUCAAGAUCAGGGGGGCGUACAAUUUCAUGGCCAGUUUGAACGAUGAGGAACGAUGGAAGGGAGUGAUUACAUGUAGCGCUGGGAAUCACGCUCAAGGUGUAGCCUUGUCAGGCUCAAAACUCAGCAUACCAUGUACAAUUGUUAUGCCCCGAGGUACGCCUAGCAUCAAAGUACGAAACGUAGAAAGACUAGGAGCCAAAGUUAUUCUACAUGGUAUCGACUUUGACGAAGCCAAGGCGGAAUGUGCUAGACUUGCUGAUGUCCAUGGGCUUGUAUUUGUUCCGCCCUACGAUGAUCCGUUAGUGAUCGCAGGGCAGGGCACUAUUGGGAUGGAAAUCCUCAAACAAUUGCCUGAUUCAGAUAACCUAGAGGGCAUAUUCGCCGCUGUAGGCGGAGGAGGAUUGGUUGCCGGAAUCUCUGCGUACGUAAAACGCAUUGGAAAUCCACGCACCAAAGUAUUUGGAGUCGAGACAGUAGAUGGUGAUGCGAUGGACAAAAGUCUUGCUCAAGGGGAACGAAUAACUUUGCCUGAGGUUGGUCCAUUCAGUGAUGGAACCGCCGUUAGGAUAGUCGGCAGUGAGGGAUUUCGCAUCUGUAAAGAAUUACUCGAUGGAGUGGUAAAAACCGACAACGAUGCGAUCUGCGCCGCGAUUAAAGACAUUUUUGAAGAGACUAGGUCUAUUACCGAACCUGCUGGUGCUCUCGCUGUAGCUGGUUUGAAGCACUACAUUCUCAAAAACAACCUGGUCGGCGCUCAGAAGAGAUUCGUUGCGGUGAUCAGCGGAGCCAAUAUGAAUUUUGAUCGUCUGCGAUUCGUUGCAGAACGUGCAGAGCUUGGUGAGGGCCGAGAAGCUCUCUUCAGCGUCGAUAUACCCGAAAAACCUGGCAGCUUUCUUACACUCCAUACAGUCAUUCAUCCUCGGGAUGUGACCGAAUUCAUUUACAGGUACAACAAGAGCACUGCACCAGAUAGAGCACAUGUGCUUGUCUCCUUCAAAGUAGACGCAAAAAAACGCACAGCGGAAAUCAAGUCGCUGUUGAACGAGUUUGAAGCUGGAGGCAUGAAAGGCUACGACAUCAGCGAUAAUGAGCUUGCGAAGAGUCAUGGGCGAUAUCUGAUAGGUGGAUCGCAGCCUGUUCCAAACGAGCGCAUAUUCCGCUUCGAGUUUCCCGAACGACCAAACGCUUUGCGCAAUUUCCUUCUCGGUCUUCGAUAUGACUGGAACAUAUCUCUGUUUCAUUACAGAAAUCACGGCGCAGACAUCGGAAAGGUUCUGGCUGGAAUCCAGGUUCCCCCAUUAGAGAAUGACGAGUUUGAUGCAUUCUUGAAAAAGCUCAAUUACACGUAUGUGGAAGAAACUGAGAAUCCGGUGUAUAAACGCUUUCUGCACGGUGAUGAAUAA